ACCAGAUGGCAACCAUCAACCCAACAUAAAAUUUUCUUCAAUGCGUCGCGCUGUUUCUCAAGGUCUACAGGCCUUCCGGACUGUUCGCUACACCACAGCAUGGAGAGCCGGCGGUAGACCAGCAUCCCGUGCCUACUUCUCUAGUGGACAGGCACUCGCUCUCCACAAGAGACACACACCGUACAUACCAGCUUCACUUCAUGCCUCCAUGCACGUCCGAAACUUCUCCCUCGCUUUUCUUUCGACUCUUGUCGCCUCCGGUGCUUGGUACGCGUACAAGGGAACACAACAACAGUCAACAUUUCUGAAUGGCACCACAAACCUUCAAACACGGGGACUAGCGGACACAACAGCAGAGACAGCAACCGGAGAAACUUCGACGACUACUCGUCGGGCUCUGUUGGUUGAGAACGAUCAGUUUUACACUGCGGUUCUGUCUGGCGAUCAGCCUCUUGCUAAACAAUCGGACGAUUCAGAUAGGAGGGUGCUGGAGAUGUUGACCCCAGAGCAAGCCACGCAAAAGCUUCGUAAGAACGAUGAAUCUUACAUUGUCAGUCGCGGACAAGGUGUUGUUCGAUAUGAUAUCACACAAGUUCCAAGUAACUCACCUAUUGAAGAUGACCACGCUGAGAAGAUUGUUGAGGUUCCGCAGGCUACUUCUGGAACGCAAGAUGGAUCUCCCAAAAGUGACUGGAUGUUCUGGGGAGUGUUCGAUGGGCAUUCUGGCUGGACGACAUCUGCCAAGUUACGAAACGUCCUCAUUUCUUACGUCGCUCGUGAGCUUAACUCUACAUACAAGGCCGCCGCUACAGAUCCCUCCGUCAAAACUCCUUCACCAGAGGCCAUAGAUCAAGCAAUUAAACAAGGAUUUGUUCGUUUGGAUAAUGAUAUUGUCUACGAAAGUGUCGACAAGGUUAUGAAAUCAAACUCUCGCCUAGUCGCUGCGGAAAUUCUAGCACCUGCUCUGUCUGGAUCCUGUGCAUUGCUCGCUUUCUACGAUUCUCAGACUCAAGACUUGCGCAUUGCAUGCGCCGGGGAUUCACGGGCUGUUCUUGGACGCCGCGGACCCAGCGGAAAAUGGGUUGCAACCGCUCUAUCAGAGGAUCAAACCGGUGGAACACCCUCCGAGAUUGAGCGCCUACGAAAAGAACAUCCUGGCGAGCAGUACGUUGUACGAAACGGGCGAAUUCUGGGACAACUUGAGCCUAGCCGUUCUUUCGGCGAUGCUUUCUAUAAAUGGAAGAGGGAAACACAAGAGAAAAUCAAGAGCCGUUUCUUCGGUCGCACACCUCACCCCAUGCUCAAGACGCCGCCAUAUGUCACCGCAGAACCCGUCAUUACACGAACGAAGAUCGAUCCCAAGAACGGCGACUUUGUCGUAUUAGCGACCGACGGAUUGUGGGAGAUGCUCACCAACGAGGAAGUCGUUGGACUCGUAGGCCAGUGGCUAGAAACUCAGCGUUUCGCCGAUGAUGGAAAACGUUCUUGGUUGCAGGGUCUAUUCGGCUCUGAGCCCAAACAGCUACCGGUGGAAAAGGCCACAGAGACUAAAACAGCGGGUCAACGACCGCCAAUUCGUCAACAACAGUACGAGAUUUCUGGCGCUGCUGAGCGAUUUGUUGUUGAAGAUAAGAAUGCUGCUACUCAUUUGGUGCGGAAUGCCAUGGGAGGAAAGGAUAGAGAUAUGGUUUCGGCUUUGUUGACGUUACCUAGUCCAUAUUCACGACGUUAUCGGGAUGAUAUCACUGUUGAAGUCAUCUUCUUUGGUGAAAGCAUCGACGAUGGUAGUGUCACCAUAAACAAAGAGGCUACUGCGUCGGCCGAGUCGGCCAAACCAAGACUAUGAUUUGAUACACUUCAGCGGGAUCAUAGUUCAUUAUGUAUUUUAUUUCUCCCUACUAGGUAUUUCCACUGUCUAGAUGCGAAAUCAGGCGAAAUUGUUGCAACCAUCAAGUACUGUCUUUUGACUGAUGGCGUUGGGCGGUUCUUCUUUAACUUCUGCUGUGAAUGGGUAGUCGUCUGGUGUUCUAUGCUGCAUAGUGUUGUACAUGAUUUAAUUUUGAUGAUUCGAGUAUUCCCAUAGCUGUUUGCGCCUGUCCAAUAAACCUCAUUCCUCAGUCAAAGUCCG